GUUGGCAUCGACGUAUCGCCAUCUCUAGUUCGUGUCAGACGCCAUUUUAGCAGAAGCGAAAAAGGAAGAGAAAUUCUUUGCUUAAAUCAGCAACUCGUGUAUUUCGAGUUGAAAAAGAUAUCACGAUUGAUAUGAGCAACGGUGGCAGUGGCGGGGGAUUGGGCGGAGCUCGCCCGCCCCCCAGGAUCGACGGCAUGGUGUCGCUGAAGGUCGACAAUCUCACAUACCGCACCACGCCGGAGGAUCUGCGUCGUGUCUUCGAGCGCUGCGGCGAGGUUGGUGACAUCUACAUACCGCGGGAUCGCUACACACGUGAGAGUCGUGGAUUCGCCUUUGUGCGCUUCUAUGACAAACGCGAUGCUGAGGACGCACUCGACGCCAUGGAUGGUCGCAUGUUGGACGGCAGGGAGCUCCGUGUCCAGAUGGCCCGUUAUGGUCGCCCGUCGUCGCCCACACGCAGCACCAGCAGCCGUCGCGGUGGAGGCGGUGCUGGCGGUGGAGGUUCCGGAGGUGGAGCACGUCGUCGCUCUCGCUCCCGCUCCCCGAUGAGCCGCCGUCGUUCGCGCAGUCCGCGUCGUCGCUCCUAUUCACCGCGCUCGAGGUCUCGCUCGGCCACCAGCCAUUCUCCAGAGCGCCGCUCCAAGUUUUCGCGCAGUCCAGUACGUGGGGAUAGCCGCAAUGGGAUAGGAGGAGCCGCUGGAGGUCUAGGCGCGGCCGCUUCCCGCAGCCGCAGUCGCUCCUAAAUGAAGAAAUAAUACGUUCCAACAUGUGGAGAGUGCGAGAUAUGGCUCGCUGACAAGGCCCACUUUUUGAUUCCGAUCCAAAAACCGGAUACGAUGGGCUUCUCAUCCUGUGUCAUGCUGUACCCGAACAGCAGGUAUACAAACCAUUGAACAGUCUUACACUUUACACAACUAUUUAUAGCGAACUAUUUUAAGUUUCGGCAGAGAAAAAUUAAGUGGAGAACACGCAAAAAUUAUGUUUCGAGGCCGAUCCUCGGACCGAUGCGAUCCCUUGAUGUUAGUUCUUUCAGAUUAGGCUUUUGAUACACUUAGUAGCUAGUAGCAGCGAUCCUUGAACAAAAUCAGAUACAAAACAAAACAAUAAACUCAAUAUACCAUGGCGUA